GUGAGUGUCAGCCUUCUUAAGGCAAAAGGGAGCUAAACACACACCUGCAGGGUGGGAAGUAGCUGUAAUAAACAGAUACAUGAGAUAGCUAAAGUAAGUAUGUGUUCUGUUUAAUGGAUUUCUAGGAAUUGAAUGCAGGAGUUCCUUAGAAAUGUUUUAUUUACUCUCUCUUUUUUGCUACGUGUAGGGAAAACCUCCAGAGAUUCUGAGGAUCACUUUAAUUACAGGGACAAGCUGGCUGUGUAGCAGAUCCUAACCUGGAUGUGUUUGAAGAUAGGGCAAUGGAUUCUGCCCCGGGUGGAGUUUUAUUCAUUUAGAAGUUGACUCAUGAGAUCUGGAUGGGAUGUAAUCUAUAUUCAGUUCCUAUUUUUUUAUCUAUUUCCAGUGCAGUGCAAACGACAUCACUUUUUCCUAUCAGUUAUCAUCUUCUGUAUUUUAAAAUCGAGUGGUCUUAAUUGCCACAGUGGUAGAACUCUCCAAUGAUGUAUUCUGCCCUUCCUCAACACCGAGACAAAACAAAAUUAGGGUUAUCGCUCUUUCCAUCUUAGUUCUGCUCCUGCUCAGAAGUUUGUAACAGCCUGUGGGAAUGAUCUGCAAGCUGAAAUGUGUGGCACAGCGUGAGGACAAGUAAGCCCCAGUGUGUCUUGCUGCGCUCGAUGGAGUGCCAGCCGUGGGCUAGCAGCGUGUUCUUGGCAUCAGAGCCCCCAGCCACAUGGAAGCUGCGUGGCCUGUCUGUUUGAGUGAGCGUAGCAGGUUUCCAUGGCUUAGUUGCAGGGAGCAGGAGUGAAGAGGUGGUGGAGCAGAGCUGGUGUGAUGCUGCAGGCAGCAGAAAGGACCAUCAGUUUGGCACCGUUGAGAGAGGUUUAUAUCUGGGUGAAUGUCAGGGACCCCACCCAUCCAUCCUAAGUCAGAGAGAGGACAAGGGAAAGGAACUGAUGCUCUUUUUGUGUGAUUUCUGAGUGAAGAUGAAUUUAGCAGAGAUUUGUGAUAAUGCCAAAAAAGGAAGAGAAUAUGCACUCCUUGGGAAUUACGAUUCUUCUAUGGUAUAUUACCAGGGUGUCAUCCAGCAAAUCCAGAGACAUUGCCAGUCAAUCAGAGAUCCAGCAAUUAAGGGCAAAUGGCAACAGGUCCGACAAGAAUUAGUUGAAGAAUAUGAACAAGUUAAGAGCAUUGUCAACACUUUAGAGAGUUUUAAAAUGGACAGACCUGCAGAUAUCCCUGUAUCCUGUCAAGAUGAGCCUUUUAGAGAUCCUGCUGUUUGGCCCCCUCCUGUUCCAGCUGAACACAGGGCUCCACCUCAGAUAAAACGUCCCAACCGAGAAGUAAAACCUUUGAGGAAAGAAUCACCAGGACUGCAGCCCCGUGGGCCUGUGGGCAGAGCGCAUGCGGUAUCCAAGGGCGAGAAGUCUGCAGGCAGCCGUGAAAGGGAAUCGAGAGCUAGAGGAAGAGAUGACAAGGGAAAGAAAAUAUCCCAGGAAGUUGGUGAUGGGGAAAUUCCAAAAUUUGAUGCAGCAGGUUACGACAAAGACUUGGUUGAAGCUCUUGAAAGGGACAUUGUAUCAAGAAAUCCAAGCAUUCAUUGGGAUGACAUAGCGGAUUUGGAAGAAGCCAAGAAAUUACUAAGAGAAGCUGUUGUUCUUCCAAUGUGGAUGCCUGACUUUUUCAAAGGGAUCAGAAGACCUUGGAAGGGUGUGCUGAUGGUUGGUCCUCCUGGCACUGGCAAAACAAUGCUGGCAAAAGCUGUUGCCACAGAAUGUGGAACAACAUUCUUCAAUGUGUCUUCCUCAACCCUGACGUCUAAAUACAGGGGCGAGUCUGAGAAGCUGGUCCGCCUCUUGUUUGAAAUGGCAAGGUUUUACGCUCCAACAACAAUCUUCAUUGAUGAGAUAGAUUCCAUCUGCAGCCGCAGAGGCACGUCUGAUGAACACGAGGCGAGUCGCAGAGUCAAGUCAGAGCUGCUUGUGCAAAUGGACGGGGUAGGUGGUGCUCUGGAAAAUGAUGACCCUUCUAAGAUGGUUAUGGUAUUAGCUGCUACAAAUUUUCCCUGGGAUAUUGAUGAAGCUCUCCGACGGAGACUGGAGAAGAGGAUUUAUAUCCCUUUGCCCACAGCAAAAGGCAGAGCAGAACUACUUAAGAUUAAUCUUCGAGAAGUAGAACUGGAUCCUGAUAUCAGCCUUGAAGAAAUUGCUGAGAAGAUUGAAGGCUAUUCUGGUGCUGACAUCACUAACGUUUGCAGGGAUGCCUCUUUAAUGGCAAUGAGACGACGUAUUAACGGCUUAACUCCAGAAGAGAUUCGUGCACUUUCUAAAGAGGAGCUUCAGAUGCCGGUUACCAAGGGGGACUUUGAGCUGGCUCUGAAGAAAAUCUCCAAAUCUGUUUCUGCUGCAGACCUGGAGAAGUAUGAAAAAUGGAUGACGGAGUUUGGAUCUGCUUAAUCUCAGUGACAGCCCUCCUUUGCUAGAGUUUUAUGGCUUUUGUUGUUUUCACUGGCAAAAUGAGUUAGAAAUCUUUUUAAGGUUUAAUAAAAGGUCUGCCUCUGCCCCCAUCCCACCCCCUUCUGGUGACAAGAUCUUUUAAACUCCAUUUGCCUUUAAAGGGAGUGAACACAAUGAGCUGAUAUUGUAAAAGAUAUUUUAUCUCAGAAGUAGUAAAAUAAGACAAACAGGAAGGGGAAAAUUACACUUGUGAGGGUAAUUUCUUUAUUUUUCCAAUGAAGAGCAGUGUUACUUAAUCUCCUCGUAGUCAUCUUUCAUGGCUGGAAUCAAUAAAUCAGCUGAGGGAUGUGACUCCAGAGGAGCUAACAAGGGCUCACUGUACCCCCUGCUCUUAAGUGCUACAUUUCUGUUGAACUGCUGACUCUGCCUCCCUUGGAUGUGGCAUCAGAGUUACUGUUCUCUGUCUCUCUGCUCGGAUAUUCAGAGCAAAGCCUGUGGAUUAAUUGGCAUUACACAGAGGAAAUGAGGAUCAGUUUUCCAUCGAGACAUGGGCUUGGCUUUCCUCUCGUGUACGUCCAUUUGGAAUUGAUGUUACUUCAGACUGGAUUGGUGUUACAUGUGGCGAUUUCUGAUGGAAAUGAGAGGAAAAGAAAAGAGCCUCGAUUGUUCUCAGUCUGGUUUAUACUUGAUCUCUGAGCAUAGUUUGUACCAGUUUGACCAGUAGACACUUUGACCAGUAGGCACUUUGACUUAAGUUACAUCUUGCACUUUUAUGCUUAUGUAUGAUCCUAUACUUUGUCUGUGCUCUCUAGAUAUUUGUAUUAUUAUUAUUAUUUAAGUACCAAAUGUUUAAUACAGUAAAGACAUUAAUAUCAAGGCUGUUUUUAAAAUACAAGGCUGUCCUUAAAACACGUGGCUGUGGACUUCCGUUGCUUCUGAUUAGACAUGAACUCUUUCCUAGCUUUACUAGGCAAUGGGAUUUGUAUCUGUUUAUGUUGUAGAACUGUUCAUGCUUAAUUUUUUUUAAUGAAGAUUUCUUAAAAAAGUUUAAAUGUUACUGAUUUAGGGGAAAGUGAGCCGUACAGUCUCAUUUCUGUUUCUUACCUGUUUCUUCCCUUCCCACAUACAAGUGCAGGGAUAAGAAGGGUUGGGAUGUAAACUCCAGCAUGAGAAAUCCUCUCUCUAGAGCAUAGCUGUCAUGCUGACUCUGCGAGCUUUUGACAGGCCUGGGCUGUGAGUCUGACACACAAAGGCUUCCUGUGGUAGGAAUGAGAAGGAGAGGUCAAAUUUACAGAAGAAUAUGCAAGCUUUCAAAUUUUUGGUGAUUUUGUGAGCUAGGCCCGAAUUCUCUUGGUGGAUGUGAGUUGCUGUGCGGUUCGGUAGGUAAUUCUGCCCUUUGGCUCUCUGCUGAGACUCCCAGUGGCAUAGCCAGGUGUGGCAAACUGGAGUAAGAAAAAGAUAAUACCUCCUCUUGAGUGGGAGUAUAUCCUUAUUUGCCCAAUUUUGCUAGUUCUUGAAAGUUCACAGUAAUGUCAGUAAUUCAGCACGCUGGUCUCUUGGGCCAUGACACGUGAACCACUAAGGCAAAUGCUGCAUAAGUGUGUUUAGUGUUCAACAGCAAGGGCUGUCAGGAUACAUGCAUGGCAGCACUGCAGCAUCUCCCUGAAUACAUGAGUUUUACCAUUGCUGCUUUGUCUGUCAGUAUUCCAUUUUCUUUCUUUGUAUGUGAAGACCAUGUCUCGGAUUGAUCCUGUCAUUACAAAGCACUGCCCCCGUUUGAAUGGAGGAACACGGUGGAGAUUCUGUCAGUCUUGCAUUUGACAUGAAACACGGUCAGAGCUUUGGCGUGUUUCCAUGUGGCACUGCAGAAAAGGAGCUUCUGGGACCCACAGACUGGUUGAGACACAGCUGCUGUUCAUAUCUUUCCAGGACAGAGCAUCUCCACUGCCUAGCGUUAGGCCCUGUUACACUCCUGAACAGGGAGGUUAGUGCAGAAGGAACACCAGCUUUUACCUUUGUCACCUACAGGGAGAAGAAAUGCUUCUUUCCUGACUGGUUUGCAUUAACUGCACAGUAGAGCCCCUGGGUUUCACAGUACCUGUGGCUGUCAGACAAAAAUGAACAAUCUGCAUUGGAAGAUGAGCAAGCAGAAGCCAUGCUGACUCUAAUUUUUGAAUAAAUUCCUACCAAGGCCAGUCUGUUCUUCCCAGGGAAUAACUGGGCCUUUAUAGAGAGCUUUGAAAACGUUGCUGCAGUCUGCCAUUUCUUCCUUAUGAAAGCGGUAGGCUCUUUUGUUUGUUUUACUGCAGUAGAAAUUAGUAAAGCUAUGCGAAUAUUUUGUGGCCAGUGCCAGAUUAGCAUUUCAGGAUCUCUCACUAGAGAGGCCAUUGCUGCCUGAGGAGCUUAAUCUACACAAGCAAGACCUAGAAGGGAACAGACAUGAAUGCCAAUAACUUAUCCUGUUCAGCUGCCCCAGAGCAGUGCUGGGAUUCAGCAGUUGCUGCUUAGAAAGGCCUAAGUACCAGUUUUCUCAGUUUCCUAUUGCAAGCAGAGGUGCCCUUUCUGCUGAUGAAAGCACAGCAUUUAAGCAAAAAUGUCGUUCUUAGCUCUUUGAUGAACCUUCUACCUUAAGGCGUUAAGCUUCCCUCUUGGAUGUUAAGCAAAAUUGACUGUACUGUGCAUUCCCUCUAGUAGGAAUUAUUCAGGUGCUACAGUCUUUUUCUCUAAAGGUCGUGAUUUCUACACCAAAUACAGUUUUGUUUUGUUUUUUUUUUUUUUCCUGUACAGGCCCAUUCAUCCUUUACUGUUACAGAACAGAAAAGCGAAAGUUUCUAGGCUGUAGAUGUUUAUAUGUGUGAUGGUUGUGCCCCGUGCAUUACACCUGUGACUUGGGCCCCCACUAGAUCAGGUGCCCCAGAAGACAGAAAGCAUCGUUUCCCUGCUGAGACUUUUCAGGAUAAGGAUCUGACCCUGUGUGCUGCCCCUUUAUGUCUUUAGCAAGUCAUUCAUGCUGGUGCACUCACCUGGGUUGCUCACGCUAGAGGCGAGCCGGCAGCGGGGUGCAGCAAGGAGCAACCAGGGAAGGAAAGCCAGGCCGACAGCGGCAGCAACUCAAGGCCCAACGGAUGAGCUUAGGGCUCAGCAUACAUCCAGUUUGUGUCCCACUCGUGGACACCUUGUGUAGGGAUGUUGGAUUCCUCAGAGAGCAAUGUACCAGUGUACCACGGCCUGCUGCGACACUUUGUCUGGUCUGUGUCCGUGUGGGUACGGUGAUCCCCGCGCACACGCGUGUCUGUGUGUACAUACGCACACAGUGGUUGGUGCUUCAGUAGUUUGUACUUAAAUUACAUAAAAGACAUGUUUUAAAGCUGUGUUUACGUGUCUCUAAACAGCUGUGAAGGCCCUCUUGGGUGGCACUGUUGCUUCUUGUACGAUAAGCAGUCUGGUUGUAUGGAGUAAUAAACGUACGUGUAGAGUCUGUCUCGCUUGG